CUCGUAUGGAGGAAUUCAACUCUCUCCAUUGUUAUUCCCUUCCUUUCCUCCCACAUAACAGGAGCUCAGUUCUCAUCACUCGGCCCAAAAACCUUCAUUCUCGACAAUGGAGUCCUCAGGUAUCCAUCCACCUCAAACUUCUUCGGCGAGAGCUCUCGAUACUUCGCGAACUGCUGCUUCGCCUCAUCGUUCUUAUCCAGCAGACUGUAAAUCAUUCCCCUGCAGAAAUACGGCCGGAAAUCUUUGGGAUCCUCCUUCGACAGCUCAUGAGCAUUCUCCAGCCUCGCAAUCACCGCCUCCCCUUCCCCACUCUUGUCCAUGAGCAGCGCAUUCUCGAAAAGAGCCUCGAACGACAGAGGGUUCACAGAUAGAAUUUCCUCGAACACCUUGCGGGCAUUCUGGGACUGACCCAUCUCGUUGUACAACCUCGCCAUCAAGAACUUCCACUCCACCGCCGCGGGCUGGGCGGCGACGAGACGGGUCAGGAUCUUGAGAGCCUCCUCGUCUUCCCGGCUCUCGAGCUUCUGCUGCAGCAGAGACUUCAGAGACUCAACGGCUUCGGUGUUGCCCACGAGAAACUCGGACAAAGGAGAGGCGAACGAGGAAGAAGA